AUGGCUGAUUGGAGUGGAGGUGCAUUAGUUCUUAUUAGGAAGCUGCAAGCUGCCCAACUGAUAAGGCUUCCAAAGAACCUUUUGGUCAAAACAUCUACAAUCAAGCAUACCGGACAAUUGUUGGAGCAGAUGCCUCGAGUAGUUUCAUCUCUGGAUGCACAUAUGGAAAGUGGGGUUACAAAGGUUGUAGUCAUUGUUCCUCAUCUGCAAACUGUAAUCCAAUUACUCGAAAACAUGGAAAGCUGCCAACUUAGUUCUCUCUCUCAAGCUAAAGUCCUUCCUGAGGAACAUGAGGUGGAAAAUCAACCUCCAAAGGUGGGUUAA